AUGUCGAAAAUCACAGUCGCUGGGGUUCGCACGAACGUGCAAUCUUUACUAGAAUACUCCCUCGAGACCAAGAAGAGAAAUUUCCUUGAAACCGUCGAACUCCAAAUCGGUCUUAAGAACUAUGAUCCUCAGCGUGACAAGCGUUUCAGCGGAACCAUCCGUCUCCCAGUCGUCCCUCGUCCAGGAAUGAGCAUCUGCAUUCUCGGUGAUCAACACGAUAUCGAUCGUGCUAAGCACGGAGGUGUUGACGCUAUGUCUUCUGACGAUUUGAAGAAGCUCAACAAGAACAAGAAGUUGAUUAAGAAGCUUGCCCGCAAGUACGAUGCCUUCGUCGCCUCCGACACUCUCAUCAAGCAAAUUCCUCGUCUCUUGGGUCCAGGUCUUUCCAAGGCCGGUAAAUUCCCAACCCCAGUUUCCCACAACGAAGAUUUGAGCAACAAGAUCACCGAAGUCAAGUCCACCAUCAAGUUCCAAUUGAAGAAGGUUUUGUGCAUGGGUGUCGCUGUUGGCAACGUCGGAAUGACCGAGGAUCAAUUGAUCUCCAACAUCAUGUUGGCCAUCAACUACCUCGUUUCUCUUUUGAAGAAGGGGUGGCAAAACGUGGGCAGCUUGACCAUCAAGGCAUCUAUGUCUCCACCAAAGCGCCUUUACUAG